AUGUCAAACCAUGACAUCCCUUCUGAGGCAACUAUGCUGGCUUGUCAUGGUAAUACCUUUUGCCCAUUAGUUACAUUUGAUCCGUUAAUCAAACUUCUCAUUUUUCUGCCCGUCCGUAUUCUAGUUAGCGCAUCCAUCCAGGAUGAACUGCAGCUUAUAUCCAUCAACAUGAUGCCCCGCCGCCAUCAUCAUCGGCAUCAGCAACAAUGCCAUCCUCCUCCUCUUUAUCGACGUCAGCUAUUAGACAACCCAUGUGGGACUGGAAGCGACCAUGUGCCCACCUCAUGGCCACGUGUCACCACUUGGCCAUGCAGCCCGAUUGUGGAUGUGUUGCAACAAGUGGGUGGGGAAUCGAAAAUGUAUCAUGCAUGCCUGUUGGAUAGGCUUUGGAUGAAGGGGUAG